UGUAAAGACGCUGCAGACGCUCUGCAGAGACGCUGUAACUAUGGGCGCUGGCAGAGAUGCAAAUAUGUCAAUACUGCAACACUGCAGGAUCCAGAGAUGACCAUCACCACCAGCUACAUCCCCUGCUCUCCCAUCACCACCCCAACGCUCUCUCCCGACACCACCGCCAUCCCCAUCGCAGAUGUCUCGCUCUGGGCGGUUGGAGCAGUCCAGUCUGUGCUCUGCUUUGAGGGCGCUUUGGAUGGAGAGAGGUUGAGGAAGGCUGUGGGGCUGUUGUCGGGUGUGUGGCCGACUUUGGCUGGACGGUAUGAGAGGGUCAAAAAGGGCGACGACUAUGAGUUUUCUUUGAGACUCACGUCUUCUCCGAUUCCCUUCGAGACCCAAACCAUCGAAUCAGACCAGGCUUUCCCCGACAAACACGUCGUGCAGCCCACUCUCAGCCCCUUCCUCCCGCCCCUCGGCAAAAAUUACCAUCUCCCCAAUACCGACGCCCACCUCUUCUCUGUCCGCGUCACCACCCUCCUUCCCAGCGGGAAAUCUGUCCUAGGCAUAGAGACGAGCCAUGUCUUUAUCGACGGUGAAACCAAAAGAAAGCUGCUAAAGAUGCUGGAUGCCUUUUACGUCCAUGGAGAGGCUGCGAGGGAGAAUAUGGUGGAGUUGGCGGGGUAUGAUCUGCCGACGUUCUUCCCUCAUGUGGGGCCCUUGCCGGCUUACGACCCUUCUUGGAACCUCGGCGUGGGGCGCACGAACAAGGGUCACGACUUGUCGGAAUGCGUUAAGCAGUAUACGGCGGCCAUCACACAGUCGGUGCAGACUGUCGUUGAGCUUCACCGAUCAGAAAUCAAGCUGUUGAGAGACCAGUAUCAGCAAGAAGCUGGCCUGAAGCUUUCAGAGCAGGAUGCCUUGUCGGCUUGGUGGAUCUACUUGAUAAAGAAGGUGGGAGUGGAGGAUGUGAACACUGUGAUCUACAUUUGCAAUUACCGCUCCUUCUCACCCGGGCAUCCAUCAUUUCCACCCAACCUCUCCACCCUAGCAUCCAACGUCGCCCAAAUGCGACACAUCCCCAUCCCUCCCACAUCCUCCCCUUCCUCCUCACCUGCGCUUGUGGCAAAAGCCAUCCGGGAAGGUGUCGUCAAGCUCCGGGAUUCCAGCGAUGAAACUCUCCGAUGGAUCGCUACAGCGGCGUACGAGCUGAGAAAAGCGGCGAUAGAGGAGAAGGGCCAGAUCGUCCUGCCCCGCCCGGGAGAAGUCAGCGUCAACUCCAACAUGCGAAUGGAUUGGAAUGUGUCGUACGGAUUUCCGGCGCAUGAAGUCGCUUUCCAUACCGUCUUUUCCAUCCCGCGCUUCCUCCGAGUGUUCCGAGCUAACCCGAGGGAAGGGGAGGAGAAGGGCGAGAGGCUGGAGUUGAUCUUCAAUGUGGCGGAUGAGGGUGUGAAGAGGAAGGUGCAAGAGGCUGUUGAUCAAGAAAGGAGAGCUUGGAACCAAAGUAACGUUCGAUGAGAGUCAUGCUUAUGCACAGC